AUGAUUCCCCCUAAAAGAUCACAUAGAAAUCCAGUAAAGUGUGCCUUCUGUCAGGAAUCACACAGUUCCAUAGAUUGUACCAAGUACCCUGACGUCGCAUCCAGACUAGCCGUCGUAAAAAAGAAUCGACCAUGCUUCAACUGCCUUGGUUCACACAUGAUGUCCAGAUGCAAGUCACGUCGUACAUGUCAGAAGUGCCACAAGAAGCAUCACACAAGUAUUUGCCGGCCAGAAAACGCCCCGCAACCUAGUAGACCUGCACAGACUCACAGUGACCCAAAGGCAGCAGCUCAAGCGUCCUAUCCCCAACCGGAAGUUACGAUGCACGCAUCAUCAACCCAAAAAUCCCUAUCCGGAGUUUUACUGAAGACAGCCAUCGCUCCUAUAUGUUCCAGAAAAAACCAUUCUUUAGACGCUACUAUCCUAUUUGAUGAAGGAUCACAACGAUCGUACAUAACACAGUCGUUAGCGCAAGAAUUACAACUGCCAAGGGAGACAACCGAGAUAAUUUGUUUGUCGGCAUUUGGAGGGAGGAGUGACGGAGUUCAGCACCUUGAUACCACCACGGUCUACCUGAUAACAGAUUCUAAGCAAAAGAUCCCUAUCAAAACUAUUAUUGUCCCGACCAUAGCAAAUCCCAUUACUAAUCACCUGAAAGAUUCCACGGUUAAUUUACCAUACUUACGUCGUCUUAAGUUAGCCCAUCUAGUGAGCAGUGUCAGUUGUUUUAACAUAUCCCUACUCAUCGGCGCUGAUUUCUACUGGGAUAUUGUUGAAGAUGAGGUACGACGUGGAGAUGGUCCCACGGCAGUAAAGUCCAAGAUUGGCUACCUAUUAUCCGGACGCUUACCUGAUUCGACCUCCAGAGAUUUCUACCCAGCAUGCACUGAACGUUAUCACUUCCUGUGCAGAUGA